UUUUGUCUGUCAUACACUACCGGCGAAUCCGCAAAUUAAACACCAAAACUAUCUCAUUUCGUGAUGAAAAAACUAAACAAGCUUAGCCACGACAACAUAGUGUAACGUCCCGUACGCAAUGACGUCACUGGCUACGCUGUGAAACCCAAGUACCGUAAAGGGACAAGCGAUUUUCUUCUGAAGACAGACAUUGAAUCUCUAUUAUGGCACUGCGGAACGUGUGUCGCCUCUUGGUUCAACCUCAGAGAUGUGCAAUUAUUUCUUUCGCUCGAGCUCAGGGGACUGCAGCACCUGUUCGAUGGGAUAAAGAGAAGACUGAGAAGGCCAAAUCACCUAAAAUCCAGUUCAACUGGCGUGAUGCUCUGGACCUGGAGGGCCUACUGACAGAGGAGGAGGUCAUGAUCAGAGACUCUUUUAGAACCUACUGCCAAGACAAACUAAUGCCACGCAUCAUUUUAGCAAACAGAAAUGAAGUGUUCCACAGAGAAAUAGUGUCCGAGAUGGGGGAGCUGGGCGUACUGGGUCCAACAAUUAAAGGAUACGGCUGUGCGGGGACAAGCUAUGUGGCCUACGGUUUGAUCGCCAGAGAAGUAGAAAGCGUGGACAGCGGCUACCGUUCAGUCAUGAGUGUGCAGUCGUCGCUGGUCAUGCAUCCCAUCAAUGCCUUUGGCACAGAGGAGCAGAAGCAGAAGUACUUGCCCAAGCUGGCUUGUGGAGAAAUCCUAGGUUGCUUUGGCCUGACAGAGCCAAACCACGGCAGCGACCCAAGCAGCAUGGAGACCAGAGCAAAGUACAACCCGUCCAGCCGCACCUACUCCCUCACAGGCUCCAAGACGUGGAUCACCAACUCCCCAGUGGCGGACAUCGCAGUUGUGUGGGCAAAAUGUGACGAUGGGAAGAUUCGCGGCUUCAUCUUGGAGCGAGGCAUGAAAGGCUUUUCCACCCCGAAGAUUGAGGGAAAGUUCUCCCUGAGAGCGUCCGCUACUGGCAUGAUCAUCAUGGAUGAGGUGGAGGUUCCUGAAGAGAACCUGCUUCCCAGUGUGACUGGCCUUGGGGGCCCAUUUGGCUGCUUGAACAACGCUCGUUAUGGCAUUGCAUGGGGAGCUUUUGGAGCAGCAGAGUUCUGUUUCCAUGCAGCUCGUCAGUACACACUAGACAGGAUCCAGUUUGGAGUGCCGCUCGCACGGAAUCAGCUAAUACAGAAAAAGAUGGCUGACAUGUUGACAGAGAUCACCAUUGGCUUGCAGUCCUGUCUGCAGCUGGGAAGACUCAUCGAUGAGAAAAAAGCGGCCCCAGAGAUGAUCUCCAUGCUGAAGAGGAACAGCUGCGGUAAAGCGCUUGACAUUGCCAGACAGGCUAGAGACAUGCUUGGAGGAAACGGCAUCGCAGACGAGUACCACAUCAUCCGCCAUGUCUUGAACCUGGAGGCCGUCAACACAUAUGAAGGUACCCAUGAUAUCCAUGCAUUGAUCCUGGGCAGAGCCAUCACUGGGCUGCAGUCCUUCACUGUGGACAAAUAAACCUGAAUUCUUGUGUCUGCUUUCAACCAAGUGGAGUCUGCUGUCAGAAAUGACGUUCACUGUGCAAUGUCAGUUGAGUAAUAUGACUUAUGUCUAUGUGGACUAUAAAGAGGGAUAUUUUUGUAAUUUAAAGGACAGCUUGCGUUCAUCAUAUAUUUUGUUUGAACAAAAUUACUGUGUUGGGAUCUCAUGAUUAGAUUUGCUUUUGGUUACUGAUGAGAUUCAGCUCUCCAAAUCUCAAAUUUUGAAGUAGAACUGUUAGAAUGGUUCUCUCAGACAUGACUUAUUAUGAUGACGCUUCAGCACUUUAUUAGUUCAUGACCUAGGAUGAUCAUGACUUUGCUAAAGCUCAAUUUUGCAUCAGGGCUUUUGAAUAAAAAGUAUUUAAUUGUUCAAA